AUGAGGGAACUCCCGACCAGCCGCCCGGCCCCCUGGCACCUGCGCUACCCAACACACCUUCAGGGCCGUAACUUGCACCCCCUUGACCUUGCGGCUGAAUCUGAGAGGGAGAGUAGAUUGAGAGAUAGGGAGCGACAGAGACACAUAGACAAACCAUACAGACUGACAGAAGACACACAAAACACAGAGACAGAGAGGUUCGCGAGUGACGUGGAGCUGAUGUGUGGCUCGCGGCCGUCCCUGUACUGGUUGGUGUGCUGGAAGGUGGUGUCCCCGCUUCUCAUGGUCACCAUCCUCGCCUCCUCCGUCGUCAAGAUGGCGGUGGAGGGGAGCACGUACCUGGCGUGGGAUGCCGAGGUGGGGGAAAGCGUCCAGAGACAAUGGCCAGGGUGGGCGUUGGUGCUGGCGGGCCUGCUCGUCUUCAUCCCCCUCAUGUGGAUAUUCAUCGUACCCAUCGCUAAUCUCCUCGGGUUCCCUAUGCUGUCGGAGGAAGAGCCGGCCUGGUUCCCUGAGAAGGAGCUAAGGAGCGCCCAGGACAUCACCCCCCAGCGCUUCACAGCCCUCGAACGCGCCCUCCUGUGUCUGUCUGUGUCCACGGAGUCCCUUAGGUCCACCGAUGACGAAACAACUGGAAGAAGCGACGGAGGAGGUGGAGGUGGAGGUGGAGGUGGAGGAGGUAGUGGUGGAGGUGGAGGAGGAAGAGGGCACAAGAGGAAGGAACGAGGAGGAGGAAGCAACGGAGGAGAGAUGCCCACAGUAGGAUCCCAAGUCCCUCUCCUUCCUUCCAAGAGAUCGGAUUCCAUAAAGUCCUUCACCUCCAUCGGCUCAGCAUCCUCCGCUAACGUGAUCAAGAUUGGAGGAGGAGGAGGAGGAGGUGGAGGGGGAGGAAGUGGAGAAGGAGGAGAUGACAAGGAUGACAAACAGCAGCAUUCCAGGAGUAAGAGUGAAGAGAAGAACAAGAGGAAAGCUGAUAAAGGAGGAAACAGGAAGAGUAUGUAAAGAGAAAGAGGAAGAGGAAAAGGAAGAAGAAAGAGGGAACUGAUGGAACAAGAAAAGGUCAAGAGUAUAAAGUAAGAGUAACGAGAAGAACAAGAGGAAAGCUGGUAAAGGAGGAAACAGAAAGAGUAUGUAAAGAGGAAGAGGAAGAGGAAAAAAUGAAGUGAUGGGUCAAGAAAAGGUCACUGAUUUAGAGGAGUGAAGAGGAGAAGAACAAGACGAGGACUGAGAAAUAGGAAAAACAGAAGAUUUUAUAAAGAAGCAGAGGAAGAGGAGAAAGAGAAGUGAUGGGACAAGAAAUGGCUCAAGAAUAUAAAGAGUACGGGUGACGGGAAGAAGAAGAAGAGGAAAGUUGAUUAUGGAGGAAAUAGAAAACGUAAAAUAGUAUUGAAAAAGGAAGAGGAAGAAGAGAAAAUGUGACGAGGAAAGGGAGAAUAAAAGGUACAAGAAUAUAAGGAAUAAAAAUUAAGAGAAAACGAACAAGAGGAAAUCUGAGAAAGAAAGACACAAGAAGAGUAUGAAAUGAGAAAGAGGAAGAGGAAAAAGAGAAGAGCAAAAAGCAAUAAUUCUGAAGCUAAAGAAGAUGGUGAGAGAGGAAAAGGUAAAAAGUUUAAAAAGUAAAAAUAACGAAAAGAAGAAAAGGUGAGAAUAAAGGAAACAAGAAUAUGUGAUGAAAAAGAAGAGAGGAGGUAAAGAAGAGUAAAAAGCAAUAAUCGUACAACAAACAUGAAUAAGAAGCGAAGAAAAGAAGGAACUGCAAUAAGAUGACGAGACGGUACAAAGUGAAGAGGUUAAAUGAAAGAGAAAGAAGAAACAGAAGAAGAGGAUAACAGAAGAAGCAAUAAAGAUAGAGAUAAAGAUAGAGAGAUAAAACAAAGAUAAAGCAGACCAUAAAGAGGAGGAAUGCAGAAGGAUAAAGGAGAUACUGAUAAAGAUACUGAUAAAAGAGAGGGCAAAGAAAGAAUAGUCUCCACAAACAAAGGGAAGAUAAGAAUGAAGAAAGAGACAACAAAAACAAAGAAAUAAAAGGAAAACAAAAAGAAGGAAUAAUAAAUAAACGAAAAGAAAACAAAAGAGUAGAGAAUAUAGAUAACAAAAGAUAGAGUAGCAAUAUAUAUAAAUUAUUCAUAUAUAUUAUAUACUCUCAAACACACACACACACACACACACACACACACACACACACACACACACACACACACACA